AUGGUACGUCCACCACACAUCUCCCAAGUCUCCGUCGCCCCCGAGUGCAUCCAAGCCUUCAACGACCUCAAGCUCGGCAAAUCCACCAAAUGGAUCAUCUACAAAAUCUCCGACGACUGGAAGGAGAUUGUCGUCGAGGAAACCUCCUCCGACCCGGACUACAGCAAGUUCCGCGAGAAGCUGCUGAACGCCAAGAGCAAGAACAAGCGCGGCGAGGAGGGGAUGGGGGGCCGGUACGCGGUGUUUGAUGUCGAGUAUGAGGCCGAGGGGGGCGAGGGGAAGAGGAGCAAGAUUACGUUUAUUGCGUGGGUGCCGGAUGAUGCGCCGCAAUAUCCCCGCAUGAUGUACUCGUCCUCGAAAGAUGCGCUUAAGCGGGCACUCAACGGCCUCGCCGCCGACAUCCAGGCCAACGACCCGGACGACAUUGAGCACGACAGCGUGGUGCAGCGGGUGUCCAAGGGCCGUUAG